UUUAAAAUGGCACGGCAUAUUCAGACUCACAUUUAGUGCCGCAACACUCGUAACCAUCGAACAGCCAGAAAGGAAACACAAUGAGUGUGGAGGAAACUAUCUACACGGUUUUGGAGGUGCUCAUUGCUAUUAGCUGCUGUUUGGGUAACAUGCUGGUUAUUUUGGCUCUGUGGACCAGUAAAUGCAUUCACCUGCCCACCUUCAGCCUUAUUGUCUCUCUGGCUGUUGCUGACUUUAUGGUUGGCUGUGUAGCCAUACCGAUGGCUGUUUUGGUGGAUGGACGAGUGAGGACUUCAUUUUACGGCUGUCUCUUCAUCAGCUGUGUGGUCAUCCUGUUGACUUUAGUCUCAGUUCUGUGUCUUGUGGCUAUUGCAGUGGACCGCUACCUCAGGGUGUUUAUCCCUCUCAGGUACAAAAGGACUGUAACACGUAGACAUUCGUGGCUUGUGGUAGCAGCAUGUUGGUUUAUUGCAGUACCACUAAGCUUUGCUCCCAUGUUUGGGUGGUACAACCAUGAAGGCUGGUCUCAGUCAAUCAACUCUACGUGCCAGUUUAUAAAAGUGAUCGACAUGUCAUACAUGGUUUACUUUAACUUUUUUCUCUGCACUUUGAUACCUAUGGUGAUUAUGACUGUAUUGUACUGCUGUAUAUUCUGUACCAUUCGAGGAUCCCUUAGAGAGAAACCAGGCAGUGGUGCCCAAAAAAAGUGUCAGAACUACCUAAUGAAAGAGAAGCAGCUGGCAGGAUCUCUGUCCCUGGUACUGGCCCUGUUUGCCCUGUCCUGGCUCCCUCUACACAUAAUGAACUGCAUUACUUACUUUAGAGGGAUGGAGGCUGUUCCAGUUACAGUUGUCCAUGUUGGCAUUCUGCUUUCUCAUGCUAACUCAGCUGUAAACCCAGUUGUGUAUGCGUUCAAAAUACAAAAGAUUAGAGCUGCAUACCUGAAGAUCUGGAGACAGUGUUUUGCAUGUGGUGAAGAAAAUCAAGCAUCUCAGUCAAGCCAGACAACGGACAACAAUCUCAGCAGUAACUUUAACAGUGUAGACGAUAUUGUCUAAUGUGUUUGUUACUAAGGACCAAGCUUUUAUUGUUUGUUGAGUAUAGCUGAACAUUGUAAAACAUGUUCACACUGUGUGAGAAACAAAGAAAGUCAGUUACCGUAUUUGAAGUGUACAGAAAUCUGAAAGCUACAUUUUAACUGAUGAAGCUGGUAUUAGCAUGUGCUGAUCCAGUAAACAAAUCUUGGCGUUUGCACCAAGAAAUCUGUUAUCUCUUUUGUUCAGGAACCUGUGUGUGGCUACGUGUCCUGUAAAUGUGGGUUAGGUUGCACGUGCCUGUGUAUUGCGAAAGGAGGAAGAAGAGGAGAAGGGCACCUUCUGCUUGUUUUAAAAGCAUUUGUUUUUACACCAACUUUCGUAUCACUGUUGCUAUUUUACGUUCUGAUUUUAGUUCCUCAUUUUCAUUUGAACUGAAAUUGUCUUUGGUCUGGGUAAUUACAUUGAUGUUUUUUAAUUUUUGCACAAGACAUAUGAACAUUGGGUCUGUUCACAUAAACUGAUGGAUUCAAACAUCUGAAGCAUUUUGAUUUUGCUGGAGAUAUGGAUGCACCAUGUGUACACUUAGAAAACCUCUAUACAG